UCCAUCCCCCUUCAUAAAAGAAAAUAUUGAAUAAAUUAAGCUGAGGUAUUUUGGUGGGACUGAAGAUCCUUCACUCCCUAAUGAGUUCCUCUUCACCAGCUUCAACUACCAGAGUUGCUUUGGCCUAUAAUAAGUGGGAGUGAAAACCGACAGACUCGUUUGUGUAGGCGGGGUCUUUUGGCUUCUUCAUACUUCUUGCUCAUCACCUUGAGCAAAGUUCUUGUGUCACAGGGAGCCAGUGAAGAAACAUGAAGGCUUAUGCUGUUAAAGUGGAAGAUGGAAAGGAAGGGAGAGAUGGUGCGCCGGCUGUUGGACCUGUUUACAGGAAUGUUCUGGCCAAGGACGGAUUUCCGAUCGUGGAAAACAGUGUGAACACAUCUUGGGAUGUUUUCAGGGAUUCUGUUGAGAAGUUCCCUGGAAAUAAAAUGCUUGGAUGGAGAGAAAUCGUCAACAAGAAGGCAGGCAAAUAUGUAUGGAAAACGUACAAACAGGUCUAUGAUGAGGUUCUGCAAAUUGGUUCUGCUUUGCGUUCAUCAGGUGCAAAACCGGGUUCUCGGAUUGGAAUAUAUGGAGUUAACUGUCCUCAAUGGAUAAUAGCAAUGGAGGCUUGCAAUGGCCACAGUUUAGUUUGUGUUCCUCUUUAUGAUACAUUAGGGCCAAAUGCUGUUGAUUUCAUCAUUGGACAUGCUGAAAUAGAGUAUGUCUUUGUUCAGGCGACAAAAUUGUCAGGGCUUCUUAAAAAUAACAGUCAAUCCAUCAAGCGACUGAAAUGUAUUGUAAGUUUUAGUUCAUUGACAAAGGAACAGAAGGAUGAUGCUGAAAAUUUGAAAGCUUUGGUGCAUUCUUGGGAUGAGUUCCUUAAGAUGGGAAUCAAUCAACCUGAAGAACUCUCACCUCCUAAGCCUCUUGAUAUAUGUACAAUAAUGUAUACCAGUGGCACCAGUGGGGAGCCAAAAGGAGUUGUUUUGACUCAUGAGACUCAUGCAAUGCAAGUAAAAGCAAUUGAUGUUUUCAUGGCUCAAUUUGAAGAUAAGAUGGUCGAAGAUGAUUGCUAUUUAUCAUUUCUUCCUCUCGCACACAUCAUGGACCGCAUUAAUGAGGAAUACUUUUUCCACCAUGGAGCAUCUGUUGGUUACUGGCAAGGAGAUAUUGAAGCUCUAAAGGAUGACCUCGUGGAACUGAAACCAACAUUUUUUGCUGGUGUGCCAAGAGUAUUUGAAAGAAUACAUGAAAGUGCAAUGAAGAAGAUAAAUGAAGUUAGUCCCUUAAGGAGGAAGAUCUUCAAUUUUCUUUACAGACACAAACUCUCUAUGAUGACUGCGGGAUGCAAGCACAGGCAGGCAUCACCAUUAGGAGACUUGCUUGCUUUCCGUAAGAUCAAGGCUGGAUUAGGAGGUCGUGUGCGGCUGAUCAUAUCAGGGGCUGCCCCACUACGUGGUGAUAUUGAGGAAUUCUUAAGAGUCACUAGCUGUGCAUUUGUGGCACAAGGCUAUGGGUUGACAGAGACAUGUGGUGUGAGUACAAUUGCAUGUCCAGAUGAGUGGAGCAUGAUGGGGACCGUUGGGGUCCCUGCAACAUUCAUUGAGUUGCGCUUAGAGGAAGUACCUGAAAUGGGUUACAGUCCUUUUGGAGAACCUCCCCGUGGAGAGAUAUGUUUCAGGGGAAAGACAAUCUUUUCUGGAUACUACAAGAAUCCUGAACUAACAAAUGAAGUCUUCAAGGAUGGAUGGUUUCACACAGGCGACAUAGGAGAACUGCAGCCCAAUGGUGUGUUAAAGGUUAUUGACAGAAAGAAGAAUAUAUUCAAACUUUCUCAAGGAGAGUAUAUUGCCGUUGAAAAUCUGGAGAAAGUAUAUGGUUCACCAACCAUUAUUGAAGAUAUUUGGGUAUAUGGAAGCAGCUUCCAGUCUAUGCUUGUUGCGGUUGUGGUGGCGAACGAAGAACACACUAAGAAGUGGGGAGAGGGUAAUGGUCACAUGGGUUCCUUUCCUGAACUAUGCACACUUCCUCAACUCAAAAACCAUAUUCUUCUUGAGCUGAAGUCUGCUGCUGAAAAGAAUAAAUUGAAGAAGUUUGAAUAUAUCAAGGGCAUUAUUGUGGAGACUCAACGAUUUGAAUUGCAACCAGAGCUACUGACACCCACAAUGAAGAAGAAAAGAUCUCAUUUACUAAAGCACUAUCAGGAAGAGAUCGACAAGCUGUACAAUACUUUGAGAGAAGGGAAGAUCUAAAAAAACUCCUUGCAGUGGUAAUGUCUUCUUCAUGUCCAUACCUCCUUGCAUUGGCGUUCAUCAUAUUCUGUUAAAUCAAGAUAAAGGCGGUGACCUUCAUAGGCAGCCUUGUGGGCUUAGUCCAAGUUUGUUCACCAACCUCUCCUUCCAUGGUUCUUUCUUUACUCUAUGUACCACCUCAACCACUUGAUAUGUGAUGCUAACGGUGAUCCAACAGGCUUCAGUCUUAAGUUUUUGAGAUCCUGCAUCUAUUUAUAAAUAAAAGUAUAUUAUAAUUCUGAUAAA